AUGGCUGCCAUGGCACCUAUAAAGUUGGCCAUCAUUGGUGGAGGGCCUUCUGCUUUCUACGUCGCUUCUCGCCUUCUUAAACUCUUGCCUCAUUCCAACGCAAGUCCUCUGAGGGUUCAUGUUUUUGACAGGCUUUGGUCACCUCAUGGACUCGUGAGGUAUGGCGUCGCACCAGACCAUCCAGAAGUAAAGAACUGUACCCACAAAUUCGAUGAGACCGCACGGGACAGCCGUUUCCGAUUUUUUGGAAAUGUGAACAUCGGAGACGGAGUUAAUCCUAUCCCUCAUGCGUUGCAGCUACCUCUGUCGUCAAUAUUCAAGAUCUACUCUCAUGUGCUAUUCGCAACGGGUUGUACCCUUCCAGUUUUACAUGCAGAGUUACCUCCCUCGGAAUAUUGUAUCCCGGCACUAUCUCUCGUUCAUUGGUACACCCAACACCCAAACGCACCUAAACCGCCACCUCUACACAAGAUAUCCCAUGUGUCGAUCAUUGGGCAUGGGAACGUCUCUCUUGACGUCGCUCGUAUGCUUCUGACGAACGUCAGCGAACUUUCAAAAUAUGAUGUCCCCAGUCCUGUUUUGGACGUUCUCUCCAAGUCGGCCGUAAAACAUGUUUCUAUCAUUGGAAGACGCGGUCCCCUCGAGGCCGCUUUCACAGUGAAAGAAUUGCGAGAGAUGACUAGUCUUCCAGAAGCAUCCAUGGUUUCCCUCGAGCCUCAUCUUCUUGCACAUAGUCCUUCCCUCCUUACCCGCCAGCAAUCUCGCGUCCUACAACUGCUUGAGAAGGGAUCUAAGAAUGCUCCGGGGAGCACAGAAAAAACAUGGUCACUGGAUUUCUUUCGCUCGCCAACGGGUCUCGCUCUACCUUCACAUAGUAGCAGCCACAGCAGACCGCACGCUCAACUCUCUCUAUCCCAUACCACCCUCAACCCUCACACACAUCGCGCCGUGCCGACUGGAAAGUCAUCCACUUUCCCAACUGACCUCGUUGUCACCUCGCUCGGCUUCCACGCAGAGCCCUCUUCUACGUUCUAUGAUCCCAGCCUUGCACACUUGCGCACGAUGUCUGGGCGAAUCGUCACAUCAGAAGGUACCACGCUAAGGAACGUCUACGCUUCUGGUUGGGCCGCGACAGGUGCUAAGGGUGUCCUCGCCUCGACAAUGAUGAAUGCCUACGAUACAGCACGGACUAUCGUUGACGACUGGAUGGGUGGUGACGAAGACGAGGAUAUCCCCGACCGAGAGGAGGUUUUGAACGAUGAUCUUGCGUUGGACUUGGAGAAGUUGCCUGAGGAGGUGGAAGAGGCUAUUGGGAAGGCCCAAGUGAUGCAGUACGGAGAUUGGAAGAAGGUUGACGAUAUAGAGGUGGAAAGAGGAAGGAAAGAGGGAAAGGAGAGAGAGAGGAUGAAGUGGGAGGAAGCCCGAACCUUUUUGACGCACGUUUUAUAG